AUGAAGCAUGUCUUGAGCUGGUACAAGACGAAGUUGGCUGCGCAACCCACCUCGAUUCCAACCAACCAACCAACCCACUGCCCGUUGUUGAUUGAGCAGGGCAAGGUGACCGGCGUGGAGGACUUUGGGGUCAUCGUCGAGUGGACCUCCGCCGACGGCGCCAAGCGCAGCGGCCUGCUGCACGUCAGCGAGAUGCGGGCCCCGGCCGCCGCGGCCGAGGCCGAGCUCGCCGCCGCCGGCGCCGAGGAGGAGGCCGAGGAGGGCGAGGAGGGCGGCGGCCUGCUGGCUGACGAGGGGGAGUAUGCUGCGGAGCUGUACGUCGACGUGGGCGGCAUCGACAAGCCGUCUCAGUACUACAAGGUGGGUGACGCCAUCAGCUGCUUCGUGCUGGGCCUGGAGGGCACCAAGGUGGAGCUGACCCAGGACCUGUCAUCCCUGGCGCUGGAUGACGCCGUCGACGAGGAGGGCGAGGAGUUUGACUACGAGGAGGAGCGCCUGCUGGCGCGCGCGGAGGCCGACGAGGACGCGGCAAUCUCGUCCUUCGAGGAGGACGAGGGCGCAGACGCCGAUGAGGAGGUGGUGGUCACCUCCGCCGGCGACGCCACCGCCGCCGUGUACUACUCGCAGGGACAGCCAUACCAUCGCAGCAGCGGCGGCGACCGUCCGCAACCAGACGCUGCGACCGACCUUAGCGAGGCGACGGGCGCCAACGUUUGA